CUUGACACAUGGAAAAAGCGGUGACAGCUGAGCCUCUAUUUCUACCAAAAGUUCCUCCCUUUUCUUCCUCUCAAUUUCAUUCGCUUCUCACAAUAUAAAUUCCCAAUUUUUUCAUAUAAUAAAUUAUACUCUAACCUAUAGUUUUUUUUUGGAAGAUAAAAUAAUGGAUACUCUAUCGGAAUCGAAAGGAAAAACUUCUAUUAAGAAUUUGGGUCAUAAGAUUGAAGAAAUUUUGACUAUGGAGGAUUCUCGACCGAAGAGCAUGGAAUGGACUGACAAGAAGCAUAGUUUGUAUCUCAAGUCUAUGGAAGCAUCAUUUGUCGACCACUUAUAUGGCUCCUUAGAUGUAGUUGGUCGCCAUUCCCAAAAUGAUGGCUUGUCAAGGCAUAAAUCAUCAAGGCAAAAGCAUGCCAAUCCUUCAGGCCAGUAUAAGGUGUUUCAAGACGGUUGUUGGACCAAAAUUGACUUCAAGAAAGAUGAGCCUCAGUUAAAUAAAACAAAUGAAUCUGCUGCUGUAUUGGCAAGCCCUUGGAUUAAGCAUUACAAAUCUACAGGCAGACAUCAAAUGAGAGUAAAUUCCGAUCUACAGGGGAACACUAACUCAGUGAAACAGAACCAAUCUCCCCUAUCUGACUUCGGUUUGUGCCAUAAAGAUUAUGUUACAGAGGUGAUGGAUCAAAACUUUAUCGAUGAAGAUAUUGAAGGAGGACAGUCUAGCAGCAGGGAGCAUAGCACAAAACGGACAAAAAUUCAGUUAGGUGCUGGUACAAGCAGUGAUCAAGUAGUUCCAUUUUGCACAUCCUCAAUGACUGAUAAUCUUAAGGAUCUUCUUGAGUCGACGGAGUAAGUCUUUGGCUUUCAGCGAUGACUAUGAUGACACUAACCUCUUUAACCAAGAACGAUGAAUGGAAUGUAAAAACAGCAGGUGGGAACACGUUGCGUUUCAAACUAUUGCUAUAGGUUGAUCAAGAUUUUGCUACAGUUUUGCCCGGAACUAGUCAUGGUUUUUUAUCUCUUUAUUUAUCUGUAUGUUGGAAAUUCGAGUAGCCAUCGAACCUCUAAUCCUUGUACAGAUUUUGGGAAAAUGUUGUCAAAAAAUGCUUGCUGUAUCUU